CUACGAAAGUCAUGGCGAAUAAGAGGGGAACAGCUGGGUCUGCUCCCUUUCAUGAUAUUUUAGGACAAUAUUUGGUAUUAAUCCUUAUUAUUUUAUUUUAUAAAUUCUCUUCUGCUACAAUGGACGAUAUAUUUCGUGCCGGGCAGUCGAUGAUGUUGUCUCCGGUAGCUGCUGCAUCACGGGAUGUUCGAUACCUCCUAUAUGAUGUAAAUCCACUUGAGGGCUUUAAUCUUCGCCGAGAUGUGUACAUUCGCAUGGCCUCUUUGCUGAAGACAUUGAGGAAAAAUGGCGACUGGGUGUUAGUGCUGCCUCCAUGGGGUCGUCUUCCUCACUGGCAGAGUCCUGAUAUAAAUCAGGUUCGCAUCCCGUGGGGAGAGUUCUUCAGCAUAACCAGUCUGCAGGCUAACAUACCUGUCAUUGAGUAUGAGGAGUUUAUUUCUGAGUCUGGAGGACCCUUCAUUGACCAGAUCCUUGUGCUGCAGAGGUCUGCUGAGGGUUGGACAGAUGGGAAAUGGGAGGAGAUGGCGGAUGAACCAACAUGCAUCGAAAAGCUAAUGUACUCAAAAGACAAACAUGGUUAUUACAGAGGUUGGUUUUGGGGUUAUGAGGAGACCAGAGCAUUGAAUGUCACCUGUUUAUCUGCUCAGGGUCAUGCCUCUACCUUGGCUCCUGUCUUACAAAAUAAAUUAAACGCUAUGUCAUUAAUGCUAGACAGAGCUGAAUCUGUCCUUCAUGAUCAUUAUGCUGGGAAGGACUACUGGGAUACGAGGCGAAGUAUGGUGUUUGCCAAACACUUGCGUAUCAUAGGAGACGAUUUUAGGGCCAAGUAUUUAAACUCCACAGACAAACAGGACCAGACGCCGUAUAAUGAUGACUGGACCCAAAUGAAAAACAGGCUUGGCAGUGCUAAAGGAGGCCCUUACCUGGGAGUCCACUUGCGUAGGAAGGACUUCAUCUGGGGGCACAGAGAAGAUGUGCCCACCCUCAAAAGAGCAGUGAAGAAGAUCCGUAGUCUCCUGAAGAAGCACAAGCUUCAACAAGUCUUUGUUGCCACCAAUGCAGACGAAGAAGAGUUAUCUAAGCUGAAAAGGAUGCUACCUGAGAUGGUGCGAUACGAGCCCACCUGUGAGGACCUGAAGCUCUUGAAGGAUGGAGGGGUGGCCAUCAUAGACCAGUGGAUCUGCGCUCAUGGGAGGUAUUUCAUUGGGACUUCGGUUUCAACGUUCUCUUUCAGAAUACACGAGGAAAGGGAGAUACUAGGUUUCGAUCCUAAAACCACCUACAACCGAUUCUGUGGUGACGAUGAGAAUGAAUGUGAACAACCAACACACUGGAAAAUUGUCUACUGAUCACACAGAUCACAACUUGAUGCUGAUCAUACAGACAUACAGAGGAUUCUCUCUAUUUUUUUUAUGUUUUAUCUAAAUACAAUUUUUUAAAAGAAUAGUUAACCCUAAAAUGAAAUUUCCUGAAAAUGUACUUACCCUCAAGCCAUCCAAGAUGUGGAUGAGUUUGCUUCUUUAUCAGAACAGAUUAGGAGUAAUUUAGAUUUACUUACUUGCUCAUCGAUGGAUCUUCAGUGAAUGGGUGCCGUCAGAAUGAGAGUCCAAACUGCUGAUAAAAACAUCAAAGAAUGCGAAUCCACGAAUUUCCAAGCCAUUAAUUAACAUUUUGUGAAACA